UAUGAUAAUAUUACUGCUACUAAUUGUUUUCUUGUUAUAUUUAAGGGGAAAAUUCCUUAUGGAAUCAAGUUAUGUUUUCUGUGAGAAACUUAUUGAUGGUAGAUUAAGUUUUCAAGGGAUGAACCCAGCUAUAGAAAAGUUAAUGGAAGCAAGGGAGAAUGCCAAUCGACCUAAAGUAGAAGUGAAACAAGAUGCUGAUGUAUCUGAUGAACAAAUGGCUGUUCAGUGGAAGAAGAUGCGAGCAAAGUUUGACUCUGUAAACAAACGUAUGAAGCAUAAUCCUAAUCUUUCGCCAAAACAUGAAAAUGAACCAUUGAAAAAGAAACCAAAAUUUUUGAAACCAGUAGAAUAAAUCUAUUUAUAAGUAAUAUAUAAUAACUUUACAUAUAAUUUUAGUUAAAUGUAAAGUUGUUAAAUAAAUACAUUGUACAGUUUAGUUUGUAUGCUUAAUACAUACAUAAAAUUGACAUUGUAAA